UUUGUUCUACUUGUGGCGCUGUAUAAACGCGUUCGUGAAUUCGCUUCCAAAACCAAUGAUUUACUGAAUGUAACUCGGGCUGUGUUUUGUUUACAUUUAGUGAAAUUGAUAAACAUAUUAAUGCAAUAGUGUAAUUCAUAAUUUAUCGAUAAUAUAUAACAUUUUGAUUGUAAUGGUGUUCUUGGUUUUUCAUAAUUUUUGAAUUCGUGCACUGGCUUGUUUAACAAGCCUUGAAGCUUGUGUUAGAGGAUUUGUUGUAUCGAACCAAAUAUUUUGUUUGUUAUUUGUAGUUUCGUCAAAUAUUACUUACCCACGUGCAUAUAUUUUAAGCAUCUCAUGCGUAUAUGUUAUUAUUUUGUUCGCGGCUCGUGAUCUCGAUUUUAGUUCGUCUAAAUCGGAUCGAAGAAAAACGUUGUCCGUCUUGCUCUCUCACGGUGGGCAAGUCGUAACUACUAGCUGCGUUCGAAUUUAUAUAAUAUUGGAAUAAACUUAUCAGUCUCUAAUAAUAAAGAGUUUCAAUGUUUUUAUGCGCGAGAAAUAGAGGAUAGCUUAUUGAGUGCGGCCGGAUCGUUGAUCACAGUGAGCGACUGAGCGGCGAUCGCACACGUGACGACGGAGUGUUUGGGUGUCAGUUUGAUUGGUAGUCGGUACCUAGUCGCGGCGAGCGGACGCUACAUUCCGCCUGCACUGCGGAGCCGUCAGCCGGGAGCGUGCUAACUGCCAGUUGUUGGUAUCGGAGGUGAAUCACCGCUCGGAACCGAGUUCGAGCUUAUUUACUCGCGAGUGCAUCGUUAAGUGUGUGGAUCGGAAGUGCAAAGGCAUGUGUGGCUCGAGUUGGCAUCGAUGAUAGCGCCGUCCUAGGCGACGGCAUUUUUUAUACGCCAGUGAGCUAGUGUUAAUGUUUUUUGGGUUAUGAGUGUGUGACAAAGUUUAGUGUACUGAGGACACUGGAGCCCCUAGCUGGAGUUGGGCCCGCCGGGGCGGCCCUAGUGCUUCUCGGGGCUCCGCACGAAGGCAAAAUGGCUGCGUGGAACCGCCACCACCAUUUCAACAUGCUAAUGGAUGAAAAUGCCAAAAACAAAUUGGGUGCUGUGGGGGGAGGCAUCCCGGAGCCGGCCGGCGAGCGGCGCCACGUGCCGCUGUACGGGCGCCUGGUGGCCGAGGACCAGCUCGCCUCCAUGAGCGCACCCUCAGACAUUCAGGUGAGCGCCCCCGCGCGCAACCCAAGAGCUUUUCUGCGCUACCGUAUUCCCGUCCAGGCGAUGCAGGCGAGGAUACCACACCACUUUCGAGACCCCUCAACGGCACCGUUAAGGAAACUUAGCGUGGAUCUCAUCAAGACAUACAAACACAUAAACGAGGUAUACUACGCGAAAAAGAAACGGAGAGCGCAGCAGUAUCUGGGCGACGACGGGUCACACAAGAAGGAGAGGAAGUUGUACAACGACGGAUACGACGACGACAACCACGACUACAUCAUCAAGCAGGGCGAGAAGUUCCUCGACCGGUACGAGAUCUCGUCGCCGAUCGGCAAGGGAUCCUUCGGACAGGUUGUGAAAGCGUAUGACCACGAGGAGCAAUGUCAAGUAGCGAUUAAAAUAAUUAAGAAUAAGAAACCUUUCCUAAAUCAGGCACAAAUAGAGGUCAAGUUACUGGAGAUGAUGAACAGGGCGGAUGCCGAGAAUAAGUAUUAUAUAGUCAAAUUGAAGCGUCACUUCAUGUGGCGGAACCACCUGUGCCUCGUGUUUGAGCUGCUCUCCUACAACCUGUACGACCUGCUCAGGAACACCAACUUCCGCGGCGUCUCGCUCAACCUGACGCGCAAAUUUGCGCAGCAGCUUUGUACGGCGCUGCUGUUCCUUAGUCAGCCUGAACUAAACAUAAUUCACUGUGAUCUUAAACCCGAGAAUAUUCUUCUAUGUAAUCCUAAGCGGUCAGCAAUCAAAAUAGUGGACUUCGGUAGCUCAUGUCAAUUAGGGCAAAGGAUAUACCAGUACAUCCAGUCGAGGUUCUACAGAUCACCGGAGGUGCUGCUAGGGAUCCCCUACGACCUGGCCAUCGACAUGUGGUCGCUGGGCUGUAUCCUGGUGGAGAUGCACACGGGAGAACCUCUGUUCAGCGGCGCUAACGAGCUGGACCAGAUGAAUAAGAUUGUGGAGGUGCUAGGCAUGCCACCCGACCAUUUGUUGGAUCAGGCACACAAAACAAGAAAGUUCUUCGACAAAUUACCAGCAUCUGAGGGUGGCGGUUAUGCAUUGAAGAAGGUUGCAAGUAAAGACGGCGGCUACAGGAAGUACCGACCUGCGGGCACUCGGCGGCUCCACGACAUCCUGGGCGUGGAGGGCGGCGGCCCGGCGGCCCGGAGGCGGGGUGAGCCCGGCCACUCCGUCUCCGACUACCUCAAGUUUAAGGAUUUAAUACUACGUAUGCUGGAGUACGACCCCAAACAGCGUGUGACGCCAUACUACGCGCUCCAACACAACUUCUUCAAGCGGACGGCGGACGAGUCGACAAACACGCAGCAGUCGCAGCCGCAGCCGCAGUCGCAACCGCAACCGCAGUCGCAUCACCAACACGUGAGCGGUACCAGACUGUGGGGCGGCGCCGAGCGCAUGGAGGUCGAGAACGUUCGACGCGACGACGACAUGUUGCCCGUGCACCAGCUGCAGCACAGUCCCGUCGCCAUUCACUAGCGCGGAGGACGGCGGCGCGCCCGAACACCGCCGAUCUUACCCGAGCGCGGCCCCACCACGACGAACAAGGCGUCCAAACGCACGCGCAAGCGGAGACGUAAGCGUACUUAAUGUACAGGACACGGCGUCGUGAGUGAUCGGUGCUCCCACAGACAUGGUGUAUAGCUAAAUAUUACCCGAGUGAUUUUAUAUAACUGUUGAACCUACCGCUGACACAGUAACAUUCGAAUACGUGAAAGUGCUCAAAUGAUGGACGGUCAAGUGUGUGUGUGGAUGAGAGCUUCUGUUGAUGUACUCGUGACGUCACAGGCGGGGAGACCCGAACUCGCUUAGUUUGAUUCAUUGGCUCCGUUAUCAAGACUUUGUUACGGCGUGCGUGUGAGUCGGUGUAGUGUAAGUAAAGUAAUUCUACAGGACGGACGCCGCGAGCGUCGGUAGUAUAAUGAUAGAGAAUUCGUAACAUCUGCUACAAUGUGACGACAACCUCUGGACUGAUACCAUAUUUAUAAUUCAAUAUUUUUAUUUAAUUCGAUAAGUCUGACUGUAAAAAGUUAUUCGUUGACGAUCUGUGCGCCGUGUGCGAGGUUUUAACCUUCGACGCUGCUGUUUUUUUCAUUGCCAUCGAUAUAAUAUUAUUAAGUAGUACGUUUCACAUACGUGGGAGCUUUUCUGUUUUACAUACAAAAUAUACGGCGGUUUAAAAAAUCGCAUCCGACACACAGAUUUAUAACAUGUACUGUAUUAUGUUCUUAAAAAUUGCUUCAUUCGACCGUACUUAGGAGUGUCCACAAAAAACGGACACAUUAAGGGCAUGGAAGCUAGGUUUUUUUAUUGUUACGCAAUGCAUAUCAUGGACGCAAUAUGGUAGAAAAUAAAUAUUGUACAUAAUUAGUGAACAGACUUAUAUUUACAGACUGCAAUUAAAACCGUUUACUCUAUAGUUUAGUUACAUAUUACGAUAGUUAAGCUUAUUCGGUUAACGCAAGCUUUAUAUUUUGUAAAGUGUCGGCAACUGACUGAGAAUCAAAGGGCCAAGCGAUGCGUCCACUCCGGAACGAUCAUUUGAUAAACAUAUAUAUAUUUUCGAUUGCAUUAACGACAACGGUGACGGUCCGUUGAUAUACCAGUCGCGGAUUCAUGAAACAUUGCCCUCGCAUUUCAAUCUUGUAUAUAAUUGAUGUCUUGUUAUAUUUUUUGUUUUUCACGCGACCCGGUCGUACACGAUCUGGGACGCGAUGUACAUUGUUCGCCUAAUUAUAGGUUAUUUUUUAACCCAUCGGAAUAUUGUGAUGUGUAGGUACGCCAUACAUCAAUGACGCACAGAACGACAUUGAUGCCUGGUGUAUAUACCUAGUUAAUUGUAUACAGAUGUACUUGUAGGUUAUGGGAACGUUGAAUUGUGUAAUAAAUGGGUAUUUCAGAUAGGCGUUUAAUUAAAAAUAUGACUUGUUCAACCUUUUUUGGAUUUGAAUCUACAAUAGAUUAACCUCAUAGCAACAGACUGGUCGAAUUUGUAAUGGAGAUAUUUUGUAUAGCGUACACUGAAUCACUGCCUUACUGUGCCGGAACUAUGUGCAUAAGGCGCGCUUCUGACUCGCGACUUACACUGCGAUUGAAACUGAGCAUAGUAAAACAUUAGUUUAUAUUGUUUUUGUAGACAAAUACACAGCGUGAUGUUCAUUUUAUUUGAAUUAACACUAGUGUUAUAUAGUGAGAUAUGUUAUUAUUUAUAGUACUCGCAUGGUAAGUCGGACAGUAAGCGCGACUUAGUCCGCGCGGCUACAUUCCGAACGUUCGUUAAUUAGCAAAUUAUAUUUUUUUCAAUUAUUCAGAAAUAGCUGAGGAGGGCGCGACUGAGACUCGGUCGUCCGGGACGUAGCCGCCGCGACGUUAUCGCAACUGAACGCAGAUUUUUUUGUACUGCAUAAUGUUGCCAUAAAUUUUAUAUAAAUCCCCUUCUCCCCGAAAUACUAAAGUUAUUUUAAAAUACAUUUGUAUGGUACAAUUUGUUUAUGACAUGAAGCAUCAAAGUAUUCGCCUCGUCGACGCUCGCCCUUAUCAUUUCAUUGUAGAUUCUAUCUUCGUCUAGGUCUCUCGGAAUCAUAGACUAUUCUUUAUACUUACAUUCAAUUUCUCUCUUUAUCUGUAUAAUAUUUAACAUUAUAAAAUACUUUUUUGCUUCAUGAGGUAUAGGACUGUUAGGAUUAUAAGAAAUAGGUAUUGGAAACGAGAUAUUCAUAGUAGGGUGAUAAUAUUUUAUAGGCGGGUUUCCAAAUAAUAAUAAUGUAACUUAUUUUCUUAUUCAUUGUACUGUGCUGUUGUGACAUUUUUUAUUGUGAUUGUGUAUGAAUUGAUUUUUAAAUUUUUUGUAAUAAUAUAAACAGUUUCGUCUAAUCUCAUUUUGUGCAUAAUUGACGGGUAGAAAAUGUUCACCAGCUCUGACUACUAACUAACACCUAUGUGGCACAUUUUGUUAUGCCGGUAACUGGGACAUGUUUUCUUAUUACCUGGGUUCGAAGGGGUGUACGUUUGUAAGUAAUUUUGUUUCCAUUAAUAAUACCUAGCACUCUUACAGUACUUACAGUGUACUUAAACAAUUGAGAUUUUACUUACGAUGGUACAACACCCUACUCUUUGAAAUUUUGAAUGGUAACACUUUGUAAGCGCGUCGGAUAAACAAUAUUGUUUCUAAAAUAGUUAUAGAUAGGCUGAAUUGGUGGCUAUAGUUCAAGAUAUCAGUUUGAGGGUUAAAAUCAGGUGUGCAUUGUUUAAACCAUUUGUAACCGAAAUAGAUUUACUUGAUACAAAUACAGUCUACAUAAAACAAAGUGGCUAUGUGAGCAAAUAUAACAAUUAAUGCUGUUCUAAAUGAAUAAUUUAUAUGAUUAUAAAUUGUAUACUGAUUAUAAUAUAAUGUUCAAUAUAAUUUAAAUGAAUUCAGUUUUUAUCACACACCUAUUGUGGGUUUAUUGGUAUUUUUUAUCAUGUUACUGUUUUAAUUAUACAAUUGAGGCGAAAAGAACCGUUAUCAUUCAAAAUGUUAUACCAAUGUUGACAACUUUUUGCUUGCGGGCCAAUAAAAUGCGACGCCGUUGUAUUGUAUGCACUGCGGGCAUUUAGUGUUUGACAUUGAUAUAGCAAAAGACAACAUUUUUGUAUUACACUUGUACAACUUUCAAUGAAAAAACACACAAGUGAGCGGUGGCUGAGUCAGGAGUUGGAAACCUGCGGCUGUUGUGUUUACAGAGAGUCCACGUGGCACCCGGCGACGAUGGACGGCAGAGGACGCUAGUAAAGCUUACGUAUUAUUUAUUGUAUGUAUCGAUAUUUAUUUGUACUGUGAGGUGAAUGUGGCGAGUUCGUCGAUUUAUUUACUAUCUGAUUGUCAGUCCGCGGGCACUGUAACAAUAAAAAGAUAGAGCUUUAUGUCACUAAGUUUUGUAUUUUAAAUCAAUAAACGAUAGCAAUGA